AUGUUUCACACAUGUCUCCUCACACUCGCUUCGCUGGCAGCGUUUUCAUCCGCAUCCUACUAUGAUGCCGUCGAGGAGGAGUGGAACUUGAACGCCAACAAGAACGCCGCCACUCCUCUCGAAUAUUCGAUUCCAGACUGGCCUGCUGGAUUCCAACAUCAACCGAGUCCCGAAAAUUGGAGGUUUCCGUUUUACAGCUUCUUUCUCGACCGAUUUGUUAAUGGCGACCCUACGAACGAUAAUGCUAAUGGGACGACUUGGGAGCAAGACCCCAAGCAAACCCAACUUCGACAUGGAGGCGACAUCAAAGGCCUGCAAGACUCUCUCGAUUACCUCCACGGUCUCGGCAUUCGCGGACUUUAUCUGGUCGGAAGCGCCAUGCUGAAUUUGCCUUGGGAAGCCGACGGUUACAGCCCCCAAGACCACACCAUUCUCGAUCACCAUCUCGGCAACAUUCAAGAAUGGCGAGCAGCUAUCAAGGCCAUCCACGACAAGGGAAUGUAUGUCAUUCUGGACAACACCAUGGCGACCAUGUCCAACCAGUUCGGUUUCGAAGGAUACUACAACACAAGUGCUGAUUGGUCGUUUACCGAGCACAAGAUGAACUACAUCUCAGGAUUCAAGUACCGAGACUUUUACCAGACCAACAACUUCGAAGAUGAAUGCAGCUACGAAUACCCUCGUUUCUGGGACCAAGGAGGUCGCCAGAUCAUCGACAACAACACCGCCUCGAUGAAGGGCUGCAUGGACAGCGAGUUCGAUCAGUUUGGUGAUGUUGGUGCAUUUGGUAUCUACCCCGAAUGGCAAAAGCAGUUGUCGAAGUUCAACGGUGUUCAAGAUCGUCUUCGAGAAUGGAGGCCGCAGGUUUUGGACAAAAUCAAGCACUUUUCUUGCAUGAUGAUCCAGGGUCUGGAUAUUGACGGCUUUCGUAUUGACAAGGCCAUGCAAGUCACGGUCGACCCACAAGGCAACUGGUCUGCGUACCAACGAGAAUGUGCUCAACAAGUCGGCAAGAACAACUUUUUCAUUCCCGGCGAAAUUGUCAACGGUAACGCGGAUGGAUCGAUCUACCUCGGACGAGGCAAGGAGCCACGCAUGCAGAUCUACAACGUCACUGAAGCGAUGAGCACGAACGACUCUGAAUACAUUCGUGCCGAUGGGUACCAAGCCUUGGACGCCGGUGCUUUCCACUACUCGACCUACCGCGCCCUGAUGCGUUUCCUUGGUCUGGACGGAAACCUCCUCGCCUCGAACGACGCCCCGGUCAAUUUCGCAGAUCAAUGGGAGGUUUUCGUUCAAACCAACGACAUGAACAACGCCAUCACCGGCAAGUUCGACCCCCGCCACAUGUAUGGUGUCUCGAACCACGACGUUCUGCGAUGGCCGGGUUUGACGAACGGCACUGAGAGGCAACUUUUGGGUGACUUCGUCAUCACGAUGCUCAUGCCAGGUAUCCCAAUGGUCAGCUGGGGUGAAGAACAAGCCUUCUACGUCCUCGACAACACAGCGGCCAACUACAUCUACGGACGUCAGCCAAUGUCAUCAGCCCAAGCCUGGCAAAUGCACGGUUGCUACAAGGUCGGAAAUCAAAACUUGAACAACUGGCCGGUUAACAGCUCGCUCGUUGGAUGUCAAGAUGAUGGCGUCAGCUUGGAUCACCGCGAUUCUACGCACCCAGUCUACACUGUGCUCAAGCAAAUGUUCGAGAUGCGUAACCGCUACCCUGUUCUCACCGAUGGGUUCAAUGUUCAGCAACUUUCGAAUCAGACGUUCAACUACACUUUGCCUGGAUCGUACGGUGUCCCAACUGAGACAGGACUUUGGAGCGUGGUGAGAACUCGUGUAGAGACCCUUCAAGAUUUUGAAGGCGAAGGCAUGUUUGGCAAUCAGCCCAUUUGGCUGCUCUACUCGAAUUACAACGGAUCGACGACCUACACUUCCGAUUGCCAAAGUGACGAUGCAAUCAUCUCUCCAUUUGACGCUGGAACCACAGUCAAGAACAUGUUUUAUCCGUUCGAAGAGUGGGACCUUGAGGAAUCGCCAGUCACGCUCGGCAUUGAAGGGUCCACGAAGCCGAACGGCUGUCUUUCCAAGCUGAACAUGACACUCUACGGAUGGAAGGCUUUUGUCCCGAAAGAUAACUGGAUUGCACCUUCGCCUGUUCUCACGGGAUUCUCCCCCGGUCACGAUGCUCGUAUCCUCUCCAACAGCACUGGAACCCAGCCAUCGACCGUGGACAUUGAGUUCCGUUUCUCCACGGAGAUGGACUGUCAAUCCCUCAAGGAUUCUAUCACAGUGAACUCCACGACCGAAUCUGGCCGACAAGGUGAGAUCAGCCAGGACAGCAUUGAAUGCCUGACCAUCGACCCCCAGUUCGAGGCGUACUACUACGGACCGAGUCCUUCCAUUUGGCGCGCCCGUGCCACGCUCUCCAACAUGUACGAUGGUGUCCACAUGAUCCAUGUCAACAAUGUGUCCGCUUCAUCUGGCAACGCCUCGACCAACUCCAACGACCACUUCAUGAUCCGUUUGGGCAAGGAGGACAAUCCCAUUGUGUUCCCCACUUCAGCCAACUUUAGCACGACUCUUCUUUACAAGGCCACUUCUUCCAAGCGUGAUGCCAGCAUCACCUCUUCGGGCCUGAUGAUAAACCACAAAGCACCUGGUGCCGACAAGUGGCGAUUUUCAAUGUCGUUCGGCGCCAUCUGGUCUGAAUGGUUUGACUACACUCCAGGCAACGCAACUCUGCCAUCCCAAACCUGGAGCGGAAGUGACUACCAGAAAUGGACUGGUGACCACGUUCAAGUGCAGUACUGGUCUCAGCUUGCCGGCAGCAGUGAUCACGUCGUGGAAGGCGACUUGGUGGGCAGCAACGUUCCGCCACGACGUUUCCCGCAUCUCUUCGUUCACGGAUCCUUCAACCAAUAUGGUUUCGAUUCCGGCCUUCCAAAUGAUAUGAGUCAGCUGGAUAACGGUACCUGGAUGUUCGACUUCAUGGACGAGUGGCCAACCCAGUUCCAGCUUAAUGUUUGGGGAAUGGCCGCUAAUGGUGAACCCGAUGUCAGCUUUGCAAUGGGUGAUGUGGACAACGACACAGUACUGGAUCGUAUCUCUCCAGUGUCCCUACAGCAGUGUGUGGUCAACAUCACGAACAAGGGACCUGAUGCCCCUUACUUGGCAUGGCGCAUUCUGUUCAAUGACGCCGACUUCAGGUACUACUUGGUGCCAGUUGGAAACCGAUACACACAACUCGUACUCUGGAUCCUUCUUGGCUUAGUCCCCGUCAUCACCGCAGGACUGGGCGUCUGGGCCUACAUGCACUUCUUCUACGGCGUCAAGUUCAAUAAGAUCGGUCUAUCAGAGAAGAAAUCUAUCCUGCCAAUCGGUGCGGUCAGCAAAGUCUUCCACCGCGAGAAGAUCGACGAGAAGGACGAGGAACUUGCCACUCCACUGCCUCCCAGCAUGCCAUCUCAAGAUGCUGUUAUUCCAGGAACAUUUGGCGCUGGCGCCACCAUCGAAUCGAAGCGUCGCACUGUGUUGAUCGCAACCAUGGAAUACGACAUCUCUGAUUGGAGCAUCAAGGUCAAGAUCGGUGGUCUCGGUGUCAUGGCGCAACUCAUGGGCAAGAACUUGGAACACCAAGACUUGAUCUGGGUCGUCCCUUGUGCUGGCGGUGUCGAAUAUCCUGUGGACACACCCGGCCUUCCCAUCGAUGUCACUAUUCUCGGACGCACGUAUGAAGUUCAAGUCCAGUACCACAAGCUCAACAACAUCACCUACAUGCUAUUGGAUGCCCCUGUCUUCCGCAGACAGAGCACGAAGGAGCCCUACCCGGCUCGUAUGGACGACUUGGACAGCGCCAUCUACUAUUCAGCUUGGAAUCAGUGUAUCGCUGAGGCAAUGCGUCGUUUUCCCAUCGACCUCUACCACAUCAACGAUUACCACGGCACAGUAGCUCCCUUGUACCUUCUCCCGGACACUAUCCCUUGCUGCUUGUCACUCCACAACGCCGAAUUCCAAGGUCUCUGGCCCAUGAGAAACCCACGAGAAGUUGAGGAAAUUUGCUCAGUCUUCAACCUGCCUCACAAGGUCGUGGAACGCUAUGUCCAAUUCGGUGAGGUUUUCAACCUACUCCACGCCGGUGCCAGUAUCCUUCGCAUCCACCAGAAAGGUUUCGGUGCUGUUGGUGUGUCCAAGAAAUACGGCAAACGUUCAUGGGCGCGAUACCCCAUUUUCUGGGGUCUGAAGAAGAUUGGAGCUCUCCCAAAUCCCGACCCUUCAGAUGUGGCCGAAUGGGACAAGAAACUGGCGAAUCCCGAUGAUAUCCAAGUUGAUCAGGUCUUCGAAAGCGGGCGUGCCGGCCUCAAGCGCCAGGCUCAAGAAUGGGCUGGACUGGAACAGCGAGCGGACGCCGACCUGUUCGUCUUCGUUGGUCGCUGGUCUAUGCAAAAGGGUAUCGACCUGAUUGCCGAUGUCUUCCCUGCUGUUCUGGAACAAUUUGAGCACGUCCAGCUCCUCUGCGUCGGCCCAACCAUUGAUCUUUACGGAAAAUUCGCUGCUUUGAAGCUUGACAAGAUGAUGCAGAAGUAUCCCGGCCGUGUCUACUCGAAACCAGAAUUCACUGCACUUCCACCAUUCAUCUUCAGCGGUGCUGAGUUUGCUUUGAUUCCUAGCAGAGACGAGCCGUUCGGUCUGGUCGCUGUCGAAUUCGGCAGAAAGGGUGCUCUCGGUGUUGGAUCUCGUGUUGGUGGUCUCGGUCAAAUGCCUGGUUGGUGGUACACGAUCGAGUCUUCGACCACCAAGCAUCAAAUGCAUCAAUUCAAGAUGGCCAUCGCAGGUGCUUUGAAGUCCGACUACGAGACUCGUGCGCUCAUGAGAGCUCGUUCUGCCAAGCAGCGAUUCCCUGUGGCUCAAUGGAAGGAAGACCUCGAGAUUCUGCAAGGCACUUCGAUCAAGAUCCACAAGAAACAGAUGGAACGCAUUUCCGCACGACGAAUGGGUCUCGAUGAUAAGAGCGGUGCAUCCAGCGGCUGGAACACUCCAGGUUGGAUGACUCCUCGAAGCGGCUGGGCCACGCCUACCGGCAGCCGUCCCGGUACACGUCCAUCAUCACCCACACGAUCGGGAACCACCACCCCGUCAGGCUCACGCCACGGCUCGUUGUCUCUCGGCAUGCGCCACGGGCCUGGACACUCACCACCUCAAACCAUCAGCUCUUCACGAAGCGGAUCCUCGCAAAGGCCGGAAACCUCGAGAAGGAACUCGGUCGAAGACCAGGCUGCCGAGAGAAGACGUCUGAGCAGUAUUGAGGACGAGGAGUACAUUAGCGCGCAAGCUGCUGAGGAGUCUAAACGCAGAUCUCAAUUGGGCAACACAAUCAACGAGAUGAACUAUGGCCUGAGGGAUGGUACGCGAAACAACAACAACAACGAGCCAAGUCCGCCUGAGCGAGCUCACAACCCAUACUUCUCGGCUUCACCUUCGACGCCCGGAGGUGCUGACACUCCUAGUGGCCAACAGUUCCCCUUCCUGGCGCGCCCACACACCCCAGUACGAGAAGAUGCACCAAGUAUUCCUCAAACACCGCUUUCGACCGAGAAGGUCAUGGACGAGAAGAAGGAUCAACCACAGGAUCUCACGCCGUUCUUCACUGACCCUACGGGCUUGUACUUCAAGACUUUCGAGAAGAAGCUCGACACACUCAACGGCAAAAAUUCAGAGAGUGCGCUUUGUAUUGAAGAGUACCUUGAGAAGUCUGAGAAGCAGUGGUUCCACCGCCUGCACGAGGCCAAGAUGAGCCGCGCCAACAGCCCAACCGCAUCCAAGUUUGCAACCCCAGCUGGAUCGAUCUACGAAGGUGUCGACACUGACGAGUCGCUGGCCCAGUUCUUGCUGCCUGCCAACUACAAGGCGCCCACCGGUAUUCGUCGCCUGAUGCUUUACAAGGUCGGUGACUGGCCGGUGUACUCACUGCUCCUGGCGCUGGGUCAGAUUCUGGCAGCCAACUCAUACCAGAUCACUCUCAUCAGUGGGCAGAUUGGUCAAACUGCCGGCCAGCUCUACGCUAUCGCCUGUAUCUACCUCGCAACGACUCUGAUCUGGUGGUUCCUUUUCCGACGUCUGGCCUCCAUCUACGUCUUGAGCAUGCCUUGGAUCUUUUACGGGCUUGCUUUCUGGCUCCUGGCGUUUGCACCUUAUGGACAAACAGAGAGUGCUCGCGGAUGGGUGCAGAACGUGGCCACGGCCAUGUACGCCGUCGCUUCGUCAUCUGGAUCGCUUUUCUUCGCGCAAAACUUCGGUUCUCUGGGUUCUGCACCCGUCAAGGACUGGGCGUUCCGUGCUUGCGCCAUCCAAGGCACACAGCAGCUCUAUGUCGUCGGCCUUUGGGCCUGGGGUAGCAAGCUUACUGCCAUGAACAACCAAGGAGAGGCCACCUCGCUCGGCAGCAAGAUGACGGCAAUUGGUAUUCCAAUCUCUCUCUUCUUGUGGGCAGUCGGCCUGGUGCUGUUCUUCGGCCUGCCUGACUUCUACCGCCAGAAGCCUGGUGCGGUGCCUGACUUUUACUCUUCCAUCUUCCGAAGGAAGAUCAUCGUCUGGUUCUUGCUUGCGGUCUUCAUCCAGAACAUAUUCCUGUCCGCACCAUACGGUCGCAAUUGGUCAUACCUUUGGAGCUCCAAGGCCGCGCCUGGUUGGGCAAUCUUCUUACUCAUCGUGCUGUUCUUCGUGGCAGUCUGGGCACUCGUCCUCUGGUUCUUCGGUCACCUAUCCACGACACACAGCUGGAUCAUUCCAAUCUUCGCCAUUGGUCUCGGCGCCCCCAGAUGGUGCCAGAUCCUGUGGGCCACUUCCAACAUCGGCCAAUACCUACCUUGGGCUGGCGGGCCAGUCGCAUCAGCGGUACUUGGACGAGCAUUAUGGCUGUGGCUGGGUGUUUUGGAUUCCGUUCAAGGCAUUGGCUUUGGUAUGAUCCUGCUCCAGACCAUGGUGCGGUUCCAUUGCUCGUUCGUGCUGAUGGCUGGCCAAUGCAUCGGUGCCAUCGCAACCAUCAUCGCCCGAGCCGACGGCCUCAACUCGAUAGGACCGGGACCGACAUUCCCCAACUUCGCCGGCGGUUGGUCAGAAGGGCUCGCACAGCCCUGGUUCUGGAUCGGCCUCCUCUUCCAACUCGGCAUCUGCGUCGGGUUCUUCACCUUCUUCCGCAAGGAACAACUCACGAAGCCGUAA